GCCUGGGAAACUGCAAGAAAACAACAACGACAAAUCAGGGUUUUUUCCCCUCCUCACGUGAGAGGAAGGGUCUGGCUGGUGUCAGGUGACUUGUGGGCACAUCAUAUGACCACCAGUUGCCACAUUAGCAACUUUGGCAAGGAUUUUUGUUGAUGUCUUAAACUGCAAAGUGUGCCUUUGUACUCUCCCAGUGUCCAAAUCCAGCCUGAAAUCACUGCUGUGUUAUCUUCCUAGUAAGAUUGCAUUCCUGCUACUUGGAGAAGCAGAAAGAAUGGAUUUGCAGAUUCUGCGCAACUGGCACCAAAGGAUCUCUCAGGAGCUGGACACAGUGGUGGCUUUUUGGCUGCGGCAUUCCCACGAUGAAGACUAUGGAGGGUUCUUUACAUGUCUGGGCCAGGAUGGGAAGGUUUAUGAUGACUUGAAAUAUGUCUGGUUGCAAGGACGGCAGGUGUGGAUGUACAGUCGAUUGUAUCGGAAAGUACCACGGUUCCGGCGUCCUGACCUCCUGCAGGCAGCCCGAGCAGGUGGGGAAUUCCUACUGCGACACGCACGAGUGGCCCUACCUUCUCAGAAGUGUGCCUUUGUUCUGACUCGGGAUGGGCGCCCGGUGAAAAUCCAGCGCACCAUUUUCAGUGAGUGCUUCUACGUCCUUGGGCUGGAUGAGCUUGGGCGAGCGACAGGGGAAUCCAGAUAUCAGAAAGAGGCCCUGACUAUGAUGGAUGCCAUUGUGCGCUGGGUAAGGGAAGAUCCCUCUGAGCUGGGGCGACCACAGUUGUCAGGAGCUGUCCCCCAUGACUCAAUGGCUGUUCCCAUGAUGCUCCUCAACCUUGUGGACCAGCUAUCAGAAGGAGAUGAAGAGGCUGCGAGCCGAUUCAGUGAGGUGGGGAACUGGGCUGCUCAACGAAUACUCACACAUGUUCAGAAGAAUGGCACUGCUGUAUUGGAGAAUGUCUCUGAAGAUGGCAAGGAACUACCAGGGUGUUUAGGAAGACAACAAAAUCCUGGUCAUGCCCUGGAAGCAGGCUGGUUCCUGCUCCGUCAUGCCCAGCGCCAGCAAGACUCAAAUCUCGUGUCUCAGGCUGUGGAAAAGUUUGUGAAGCAGCCAUUCCAUUCAGGCUGGGACCCUGAACAUUGGGGCCUUUUUGCCUUCCAGGAUGUGGAUGGCCUUUGCCCUACUCAGCUAGAAUGGAAAAUGAAGCUUUGGUGGCCACAUACAGAAGCCAUGAUUGCUUUUCUGAUGGGUUUUGCUGACACUCGAGACAGAGAGCUCCUAGAUCUGUUCGACCAGAUGGCAAAAUACACCUUUGACAAGUUCUGUGACCCAGAGAUGGGUGAGUGGUUUGGCUAUCUGACCCAGGAGGGUAAGGUGGCCCUCACAAUCAAAGGAGGACCAUUUAAAGGCUGUUUCCAUGUCCCCCGUGCUCUCUAUAUGUGUGAAGAAAUUCUGGAAAUACUCAUAAGGGAAGCUGAAUCUAAAAGCGGGGAAUGAAACACUCCACUGACUCUUCAAUGAAGUCAAGGGCUAGGACUUCUCCAUAUUAUUUCUCCAGCAGAUCUUAAUUGUAGUCACACGUAACUCCAAUCAUGAUAGUAUUAACAAAAAAGCUUCUCACUCCAGAUCUCCAAAACCAUCCUUAACUCCUGACCAGACUAGAUUUAGACUAGAGCAAGCUGACUAUACGACUACGAAGCUCUGUCUCUCCUGCUACCUCAGGACAGUUCAGUAACAGUCUUUUAGUUCACAGUUUUUGUGAUAGUGAGAUAAUUUUCUUUUAUAUCCUCAUUCUGUCUAUCCACAUUUUUUAUUUUUUUAUUUUUUAUUGAAAAUUUACAGAAACAUAUAACAUAAAAAAUAUCACAUACAUAAGACACACAAACAACUUAUCUUAUCUUAUAACUUUCUUGUCUUCAUGUUCCCAAUAAGACUUAAGUCUUAUUGGAACUCUGUCUCUCCACAUUGAUUUACAGUCUUUGCUGGUUGUUUGCCAACUUUUCAUACUCUCAAUACCUGCCUUUUUUUCUGGAUCUAGGGAAUUGAGAAUUGAGUUUAAAAAGUAAACAUUAAUUGAUUCUAUGUGUAAAUUUACAGCGCUAUAUAAAUAAAGGUUAAUAAUAAUUAUAACAACAA